UCAUCGGAGUAAAAAACAUCGGAACAAUGAGCGAUUUAACACCAAGAAGAAUGACCGGACACAUUUCAGACUUCUCAACCCAGAAUCUUCUCACUAGACUUAAAACUUGAAACCUAGACGAUCAGAAAAAUCACAAAAAACAAACAAGAAGAACACCUUCUUAAAUAAAGUUUGAGGGUUAAGAUGUAGCACGUUCAUUUGGGGGGUAACACACACUAUGUUCAUAAAGCUCACUCAGAUGAAGGCACUGAGUUGUGAUCAGUUCCCCCCCCCCAUUCUAUAAUAAAAUGUUUAUUUAAUUAAAAUAAAGUCUUCGCUUUAGAAAAACUUAGCAUUUGGAGAAACCAUAUGAGGCACAAGUCAGCUGACGAGUUCUUUUGAGUUCAUAAUUUGUUCUUUGUUUUUCAUCAAACUUCUCCUCCCAAUGUGUUGACUUGUAUGUUGCUAAUAAAGUUUGAAAUCUCGUGCCUAAUGUGAUGUCAUCGACUCACAAACAUGCAAAGCAAAACUAGAUUUUUUUUUUAAUUAAAAAAGUUAUACUUGGUGAAACUGUAUAAUAACCGUUUCAUUACCCAGCUGUCUUUUUUUCAUUAGUGUGCAUCUGUAAGAGAGAGAAAGAGAAAGAGCUACAGCUCUGGACUGUGUCUUUAAGCGGUUGGCCUGUGUUUGUAUAACAGAACCCACCUAAAAGUGUUGCGUUAUGUUCCACCAGCCUCACUGUUCGUGUGUCGCUAACGUGCAGCGAGGAGGAGCUGUUCGCCGCUGAUGCGUUAUCACCAGGAGAGGGGAGAGGGGAGGGGAGGGCUUACAAGUCCAGUCCCGCGGAUCAUCCUGCAAACAAGUCCGGGAGUCGAAACCAAACUCCGCUCAGUGUUUCCCCCCCACACCCUCCUCGCGGCGCUUCGCUCCCUCCGUGCUCGUGUCGUGAUGCCGCUCCGUGGGGAGGAAGUCUCGGCGCUCCAGAUAUAGUUGGCCCACUCUGCAGGUCGCUUUUGCCCUGCUGGACAUAUGAGCGAGCGCCGUUUUAUUGUUUUCAUCUCCGAAAGCACGGCGGUGGGACAUCCGGCAUGGAGAGUCAGUAGGAGGAGGAGGAGACCACGGUCGCUACUGGGUUGGUGAAGAGAGCGCGAGCGCACCGACGCACGCGCUUUUCUGCGCUCGAGAUGGACUUCAAGAAGACCAAAUUUGGAAGGUACAUGAACUGCAGGGUGCCGGCCAACAAGAGAUACCAGCCCACAGAGUACGAACACGCAGCCAACUGUGUCACACACGCGUUUUGGAUUCUUCCCAGCAUGGUAGGCGGGUCUGCGCUUUACUUCCUGUCUGUGGACAAAUGGCACCGGGUCGCUGCCUUGCUCUAUGGGAGCGGUCUCACUGGCCUCUUCCUCACCUCGACGCUCUUCCACACGGCCGCCUGGAAGAUCAGCCAUCUCCGGAAGGUGGAGGAACGUUUCCACAUGUGUGACCGGAUGGCCAUCUACUUCUUCAUCGCUGCCUCCUAUUCUCCCUGGUUGAUGCUGAGGGAGCUGGGACCCUGGACGUACCACAUGCGCUGGCUGAUCUGGGUCAUGGCUUGCGUUGGGUCCACGUACGUCUUUUUUUUCCACGAGAGGUACAAACUGGGAGAGUUGCUGGGAUAUGUGACAAUGGGGGCUGUUCCUGCGUUGGUCAUUCUGUUCAUGGUGGACCGCGCAGGUGUGUGCGAGCUGGCUCUGGGAGGCAUCUUCUAUGUGGUGGGCGUGGCCUUCUUCAAGAGCGAUGGGCUCGUCCCAUUCGCCCACGCAAUAUGGCAUCUUUUCGUUGCGGUCGGAGCGGGCAUUCAUUACUACGCCAUCUGGAGGUACCUGUACGUGGCGGGACCACAGCCGCAGACCUCCAGGUGACGGACAGCUUUUCAGCCGAUCUCAUUGGAGAAUAAAUACUGAAAGCUGGCAAUUCGAAACCCGAAGGCGGCUACUGAUGGUUGCACUUAAAUGGACUGAAGGGUUUCAUCUUGGGUUGGUGCUGAUGAUUAAACUCUCAGUUUUAGGGACGAAACACCUGAUCAAAGCCAGUACAGUAGGAUAAAUGGGAGCUUUUUCUAGUAUAUUAUUGUGUUUUUGCUGUUAACGAGCUGACUAAGAGCAUUAUUUGUAUCAAGUUUUCAUUUGUGUGCCUAAAUAGAGAACUGUGCAAAGGUUUUAAGUACUUUAUGUGUUUUUGAUUCUGAAGCCUACAUUUUUUAAGCAAUAACUUAUAUCAUUGCU